AUGUUGGAGACGAUAUAUGUCACUCGGCACGCGUUCCGAUCAAACUUCACUGUGGACCCCAAGACCGGCGUAUACACAGCCAAUCCCCUCCCUCCCACAGGCAUCCCAACAGAUGUCCCACUGACGGCCUAUGGCGUCCAGCAGUCCGAACAGCUAGCAGACUACCUGUGCCAGAUUGACCCUCCCGUCGACCGCAUCUACUCCUCCCCUAUGUACCGAUGCAUCCAAACGCUGCAACCCACCGCCGAGCGCCUCUUCGCCCAAGGUAAAGCGGGCGGUAAGAUCCGCGUCGAUCACGGACUGGGCGAGUUCUACGGCAAGGCGUUCUUCGAGCACCCCACGCCGCCCGAUCUCAAGGUACUUCAACCUUUCUUUGACUCUCUUGACCAUGAGUACGAGGGCCAGUACAAGCCGCAUGCAAAAGGCGAGAUGAUCCUCGAGCUGCACGAGCGCGUCAAGAACGCCAUUUCUCAUAUCAUUGAGACUUUGGACAAGGACCCCGAGGGUCCCAAGACGUUGCUGCUGUGCACACAUGCUGCGACCAUGAUCGCGCUCGGCCGCGUUUUGACUGGGAAGAUGCCGGAGAAUCUCGACGAGGAUGAUUUUCAGUGCUACACGGCGUCCUUGUCGACUUUCAAGCGUAAGUCGGAGGCAACGGUGGGUAAUUGGGAGUGUGUGGGGAAUGCGGAGACGCAUUUCUUGUCUGCGGGCGCAGAGCGCGGAUGGAAAUUCAACGGCGAAGAAAGCUUCAUCAUCGAUUUCGAUACCCCGGAACCCCAGCCGGCACCCGUGCAGGGGCUGGAGGCCAGUAGGCUACAGUGGUUGGAUUCGAAUACGCAGGUUUGCAAGACGACUUUGGCGUGGUGCGGAAGUCCAAGCAUAGACCGCGAUACCCCUUCCCAUUGA